CAAGUCCAAUAUGUUUGAUUACAGGCUUUCCCUGUUCACGUCUGGCGAGUAAAAACCCUAUCUCCGACUUUUACCUGUAUUCGAUCUCUUCGAUCGAUUUCACGAUCAUCGGAGGAAAACGAAGCAACUACUCAAGAUGACGAUCUACAUGAAUAGAUUGUUUCGCAAAUCGAAUUCAAGUUUUCUUCUAUCCAGUGGUAAGGCCCUAAAAUCUGAAGUUUCACGAUUCAAGGACGACAUGUUCCUGGUAGAUGCAGGAAUUGGAACCCCGAAAAUGACCAUGCGAGACGAGCUUAGAGGAGUUCCGGGGAGUCAUUCCGCAGCCAGGUUCGAGAAUAAGGUUGGAUUCAUGGAGGCAACGGCCGGCGAAUCUCUAAUCAAAACACAGAUCUUGGAGAGAUUCUUCAUGGAUCUCGUCGCCGGUGAACCGGUGAUGAAAGAGCGAGCUACGGCUAGGUUUAAUGAGAUGGCUGGCUCUACUGAUGCAGUAGCUGGUGAACCGGCGAUUCUUCUUCCACGAAGAUUCACGCAGAAUCAGGCUUGGAUGGAACUGCAAAAGAUCUGGCAAUCGAAUAAAAAGGUCAGAGGAUUUAUCAUGGAGAAAGUUAAAGGUGGUUAUUCGGUUGCAAUCGCAGGUUACAUCGCUUUUCUUCCAUAUCGUAGUCCGUUGAUAGACAGACGAAAAUUAUCGAAUGAUAGAUUCACCAUUGAGACAAUCAACUCGAAAAGGAAGAAAAUUACAGUGUUUUAAUGGCAGUAGUUCCUCUUUUACAAUAAAUCAUCUUAGUUUAUGGAUGUUGUUUUUUGGGCUAUUGUUCAUCGACUCUGUGGUCCGUUUUACAAAUUUGUUGUUAAUUAACUUAGUGUUUAAUCACUAUAGCAAAAUUUUCUUCAAAAUUUCAUGUGUAGGCCUUUGGUGGAAAUGCUAUUCUGUUAAUUGUGGAAUUCUGAUAUGAAUUUUCUAUUUAGAUAUAUGAAAGGGCUCUUGAGCUUGAAAAAGAUUUGAACU